AUGUCUGGUCGUGGUCGAGGGCGCCCUCCUUCACGGUCGGCGGAUCCUGCGCCAGCCCCAGUCCCCGGCCGCCGCUCAACGCGCCAACAGCAACAACACGCAGCGCAACCACAACAGGAAGUUGGCGAUCUUCAACAACACUCGCAGCCUGAGCUCCUUCUGCAUGAAAAACAACAGGAGCAGCCACAGAGUCAAACUGAGCCAUCUAUGUCUGAAAUGAAGUUCAACAAUAAUAUCGACCCCGCCAUCACUGGCCCCUCCAGUGAAUCGGCCAUGCCCCCUCCUCCUGCCCCUGGUUUUAAGAGUUCGCAAGGACAAAGCGGUUUUGGGAUCCCGCGUCGGGGUACACGCCGCGAUCUCAGCGCUCCCAGCAUGGUCAGUGUUAACAGCAUCGCCAACACUGACUCCUUUUCUCAAGCAGAGCUUCCAAGUACUGCACCUCAAAAGGACCAUCUGUUCAGUCAUCCGGCACGUACUGCUUCCGUGUUGUCUUCUCAGUCUUCCCAGCUAGGAGACGCAUCCCGGCAAAGGACAGCCCGAGUGAGGCUCAUGCAGCGUAUGAGGCAUCGCCUGCGUGGUGCUUGUGAUGACUUUUUCAAUUUCUUAAGCACGGCACCCAUUGAAGAUGACCUCUGGCUUGACGAGAAGGAAGCUUUUAAGGCUCCUCUUGAGUCUUAUCUCCGGCAUUUUCUGUCGGACGUCGAGAGCCCUUCGGUUGAUCCCUCUUAUGUGCUCAACGCUCUGGGUCUUGACAAGUCUUCUCCGGAGGGAAGAGUUGUCUACAUGGAGAUGCUCAUGGCAAACUUGACUUUGCUUUUCGAUGACCUGCAGCCUCAGCCCCAGAGCUUGAUGGCGGUCUUACAGAAGCUCGAACAGAACUUUCCGGGUGCAUAUGUUCCUGAUGACCCAGAGUUUCAUGAUGCACGGACGAAUGAGCAGCUUGCGAAUCAGACCCUCCUAAUUCGGACACAGCAGUGCAUAUACAAGCUGCAGCGGCGGUGCGGCGAGAAUGCUGCUCCAUUCAACCCUCUUCAGGUGGUCGCAGAGCAAUGGUGUGAUGGGGACUUCUCUCUCGAAGCAGUCAAGGCGUUUGUGAGAGAUAGAAACAAGGAUGCUUUCCAGCUGAAGCCCUUGACAGUGGCGGACUCUGAAGAUACUAAAGAACGGAAUACGGCCCGCUUUGCCUCUAUUUGCCGUUUGCUACCGGAUACUGAGGUCCAAGGCUCGCUUCUCGAUCUCAAGGAACUUCAAGGGACAUACUCCGUCGAAGAGUUCAUUGGACAUUCGAUUGAGUUCAUCAAGACCAUCUACGACAAGAUCAAUAUAUCUAUCUCCCAAGCUACGUCUUUGAUUCCUGCUCCUGCCGAAGUCGACUCACGGGCUGGUUCUCAGAUUCAUCACCAUCUUGAAACUGAGUCGAUAACUGGGUUCCAUCGCCAAGAGUCCCAAGCGACGCCUUCUGUACCGUAUGAUAUGGAUCUUUUGCGGAGGAUGAAGCAACUAGAGCAACGGCCAGAGUCUACCCCUUAUCCUGAUAGUCACCAGCUUCCUCCAACCCCAUAUCAGCCACCCCCAAGGCUUCCGUACGCCCCAGGAUUCAGCAGCCCAUCGUCUUACUCUGGUCCCCAACAUACCUCUAGCUUCCAGCCGAAUGGGUCGCUGUACACUGAGUCGGCCGCACAAGCUACUGGCCGUAAGAGGCGUGCCCAGCAUGACGCGCCCGCUGAAGGUGCUGCUGGAGCGGUCGCCCCCCCAGCAAAGAAGCCUCGUGGCAAGAGGAAAAAGAACGAUGCUCAAGCAAGCGCUGGAGAAGAGGCCGUAAUGGCUCCUGCCACUCAAUCGCAGUACCCGCCUGUGCCAGACGCUACAGAUCAGGACACCGUCUUGGACAUUGUCCAACAACGAACAAGAGAAAUGUCGGCUGCAGCCCGAAAGGCUAAGAAGCCACAGGAGCGCAAGGCUUGGGUCCGGAGCGACGUUAGGGCACUCAUCAAAGCCAUUGAAAUCUACUCGUGCAAGUGGGCUCUUAUUGAGAAGAAGAUCAAGGAUGGCACGAUCCACUUCGAGCGCCCCCGCGAUCAGCAGGCUUUGCGUGAUAAGGCACGGCUUUUGAAGCAAGAUUACUUGAAGGCUGAUAUGGUUUUGCCACCGGGAUUUGACCUUGUGGUACUCGGAAAGAAGGAGAAAGAAAAUGUCAUUGCGGUUGGAAAGAAUCCUGAGCGCAAGGAGUCUGAUGUCGAUGAAAACGGCAAGCCAAUCAAUACAGAAUACAGAGGAGACCCUGGCGAGCUGCUGUUAGCAAAUCAGGAGGAACAAGAACAGAUCGAAGCCCCGGCACUUCCGCCGCCACCACCUGGUGAGGUGCCUGCGGGCUCUUCAGCGCAAUAUCCCCCUGUUGAGCCCCAACCCCAGCCCCAGCCUCAGCCCCAACCCCAGCCUCAGCCUCAGCCUCAGCAGCAAGCUCCUUUGGCCCAGAUGGAUGCUCCGGUUGCUUAA